ACGAAUCAGCGCGUUUGUUCUGAACAUAUCGUAUCAGAGGAUAUUAGUAACGUUGGCUUUAGUGCAAGCGAAUAACAUCGUCUAAAUAUAAUUUACGGAAAUUAUAUUUUUCCACACAAGAUAACUAAAAGCACUAUUGCAAUUAGUUUACACAAAUGGGUAAAAGUAAGACGGGUGGCGAUUCUGAUAAUGGCGACAAGUCAUCACCGCCUGAAACAACGGCUUCAACGUCUUCAGGAACACCCGUAGUUCUGCAAGAGAACGAUAACAUUUCGACGCGUGUUGGUGCAAGAACUAAGAAAGCAAAAGUUGUGUUCGAUCCGUCUGAUAACUACGUGCCCAGAAAGCGGGUCCGCAAAAGCGAUGUGGCUCCAACAGAAGCUUGCACAUUGGUUCAACCCACUAAAUUUCAACCUAUUGCAACUAAAUCCCCUGUCAAGGUGGAGAAGAACCAUGAUAACAACAGCAAUGGUAGUCUGAGUGCACCUAAAUCACGUGCAUCGCUUAGUCCUUCGUUCAUGAAACAAAGUCCGAGUCACAAUCAUAAAACAAAAAUACUUGGCUCAGCGUCAUCUCCCGAACUUGAAAGAUUGGCAGGACCAUCCAAUGAUAGUUCGGCAGUGGCCAGUGCCACCCACAAGCAGGAUAUUAAACGCGAGCCCUAUUGUGAUAUGUGUCACAAAAUAGAGCAACAGAGACGUGGAUUUAAGUUAAUUGAUUGCUUAAGCUGUUCAUUCAGAGCCCAUUCAAAGUGUUUGCGUGCUCAUCCAGUUUUCUCGAAGUUCCCAAUUCAGCUCAAUUUCCGCUGCUUUCAAUGCAUUGAGUGCGUUGUUUGUGGCAAAUUAUUACGUGGGGGAAAUCUUUUGUUUUGCUGUGACUGUCAAAAUGCGUUCCAUAAAAGCUGCCACGGUCCGUCGACAUCGGACAGCAGCCCGAAUGCGCCCUGGAUAUGCAAGCGAUGUACAAAUGAAAACAUAUCGGCUAAACAAUCCAGAUCUCAAAAUAGUGCUCCACCCCUCCGAGAAGCAGCGCUGGAGAAUGCAGAUGACGAAGCCCAUCAAGAGUUUGCAGGCUUUAGUGAUAAUGAAAUCAGGAAAGAUUCUUUGUCUAUCUCGGACGGCACAGGCAAUGAUAGUUGCAGUCAACCGCAAACGAGUCAAGCAGAAGAGAACGAAGUUGCUGCUGCUGCUGUUGCUGCUAAUGAUUCACACACGAAUCAAAAUGACGAAGACAAAUUUGACCCUCGGCUUGAUAAUUUUGAAGACGUUCAAAACUGGUCCUGCGAUGAUGUUUAUCGAUAUUUCAAGCAUUAUUUUCCCGAUUAUGCACAUUUGUUCAAGGAACAGGAAAUCGAUGGUUCGUCACUAGUGCUUAUGAGAAAAUCUGAUGUUUUAUCUGGAUUCGGAAUAAAAGUUGGUCCUGCUAUUUUUCUGUAUCAACGUAUCGUUAUGAUGCAGAAUAAUGAUAGAGAUUUUCGCCUUACAUGGACGUGAGGGCCCUCCAAACCACGUAGCCACGUUGAAUAAACUAUGUAAUUUAUGACAUUGGGUACAUGAUGUUUAUAAGUCGACUUUAGCAAUAUUCUGUGUGAAAUGAAUUCAAUUUAAAAAAAUUUGAGCAAAUUAUAAAUAAAGAAUAUUAUGUA